AUGCACGAAAGUGAAAAUCCAAAAAGUACUCUGGUGUAUUAUCUCAAAACAACAACAAACCCAAUAGUCAAUCUUGUUGCAAGGACUAUAAUCAUCGAAUACUUCAGAGACGAGGGAUUUAGAAUCGAACUGACUAACUAUUUCAAAUACAUCGAGGUCUUUGAAAACUUGUAUUUUGAUGAAAUCGCGUUCAAAGAAGAUACCGUCUCUUUUAUGGAAUAUUUCAUGCGACACGCUUUGUUCAAUAAAGACGUCAACAUCAUUGAACUUGCAAAAGAUAUCACUUCCGUUUUACAGGAAAAGUCACAAGAUACAAGGAAAAAUAAAAUGAAUGCUCUUGCUACAAAGUAUCCCACAAUCAGAAUUGAAAGAACCCCUAGGAAGAUAAACACCUUUAAUCUUGGAAAGACUGAAAAGGAACAACUCAAAGAAAUGACAAAAACAUUUUUAUUAGGACACUACAACGAUGGACCUUUCAAGUCGGAGCGUAUUUCAAAAUAUCGUGAUGCCCUCGGAUCGGGAACCGAAUUCCCAUACAUCACAUGUAAUAUAUACAACAAAAACGAAUACAUGACAAAGGAAAAAUACUUAUCGUACGUGGAACACAUGUCAAUUGAACCCGUGAAGAAGGAGGAGGAGAAGGAGAAGAAAAAGAAGGAAAAAAAGGAGGAGAAGGAGAUUAAAAUUAUACAAAAAAAGAACUGCACUUUAAUUACAGAGAACGAGACUUUGAAUAGGAAUAUCUUAACUUUGAGACAGUCGAAAGAAAAUGAAGUGAAUGAAUUAAAUGCAAAGAUAACAUUGCUUCAAGAUGAAUACAAGAAACAAAUUUUGGGCAUGAAAAUAAAAAUGGAAACCUACAAGAAGGAAUUUGAUCAGCUGAAUUCAAAAAAUGCGAGUAUUGAAAAAGAAAAAGUAGAGAAGGAAAAGGAACUUGUAAAUAAAUCAUAUGAAUACGAUCAAUAUAAGGAAAGGACCGAAGGAAUUAUAAAGAAAUUUGAAUAUGAAAACAAUCUAAUGAAAGAUCAAAUUGCUAUAAAAGAAAAGUAUGUUGCAGACAAACAAGCGGAGUAUCAGACGAUGUUAAAAUCGACACAAGAGGAGAAGUUGAAAUAUUAUGAUGAGAAGAGAAAUGAAGUUUCCUUGUUUAAGGAACAAGUGAAUAGUCAGAUACAGUUGGUAAAGGAACUGGAAGCUGCAAAAGAAGAGAACAGAACCAUUCAAGCACAACAAAUCAUCUCACAGCAACAGGCUCAGGUAUCUCAGAUUUGUUUACAAGCAGAAAACGUAGUCUUGAAGAAAACAAAUGAUCUUAACGAAAUGGUAAUGAAGCAGCAAGUGAAUUACAACGCUGCAAUGAUUCAAGUGCAAAAUUUUCUCAUAGACCUUCAAAGACAACAAAUGAAUGUGAGACCUCAAGAGAUUUUCGAUGAAAACUUUUCCAGAUAUCUCUAUGAUGCAUAUAACUAUCUAUCUUUGAAAAAUCUCCUUGGAUUAUUUAAUGGAAUGAGACUAUUUUCGAAAUUCCUAUACAUUUUCAUUCAAAUGUGUAAAAUGAAUAAAAUUGAAGAUCCAAAGACAUUCCAGCUGACGAGGAUCAAUUGGAAGUGA